AUGGACCGCGAAGCUGAUGCGGCCCAAGGCACUGCCCCGCCUCAGGAUGGAGAGCAGCCCGAAGAGUCCCCGGAGCCACCGCCACCGUGGCCGCCACCGCCGCCAGCUCCACCGCCUGUCCCUCCGCCACCCGCUCCUCCACCACCAGCUCCUCCACCGCUCUCUGAGCCUUCGCCAGAACCCAAACCCGAGCCCUGUCCAGAGCCUGUUCCAGGACCCUGUCCCGAGGCGACUCCAGAACCAGCCACAGAAUUAGACACCCAUCCUGCCACAGAGCCAGUCCCAGAACUAGCCAUAGAACCGGCCCCGGAGCCGGUCCCAGAACCUGCCGCAGAACCGGCCCCAGAGCCGGUCCCCGAACUAGCCACAGAGCCGGUCCCGGAGCCGGUCCCCGAACUAACCACAAAACCAGCCAAAGAGCGGGUCCCUGAACUAGCCACAGAGUCGGCCCCGGAGCCGGCCCCCGAACUAGCCAUAGAGCCGGAGCCGGCCUCAGAAACAGUUCCAGAGACGGCCCCAGAACCUGUCACGGAGCUGGGCCUAGAGUCCUAUCCUGAACCAGCUCCAGAAACCUGUCUGAAGCCGAGUCCAGCACCAUGCCGAUUGCAGUGUCCAGUGGUCCCUCAAGAGAGGGGACUAAAGACCUCGCCAUUGCCAUCGCCCCGAACGCCAGUGACAUGGUCCAGAAUAAAGAAAAUAUUGAAGGAAGGACCUCUGCUGAAGAACUGCACCUCCUUCAAAAGAUGGAAACUUAGAUAUUUCUUAGUUCAAGGACAGAAGCUCUACUUUGCACAUCAUCCCGCGUUUGUACACUUUGAAACAAUUGAUCUUUCGCAAGUCACCUUGGCAGAAAGCAGCUGUAGAAAUCUUUGCCACAGUUUUUGUGUUAUUACACCAGAACGAAAAGUCACCCUGGCCGCAUCCAACCGAAAAGACAUGGAAGAAUGGAUUAAUAUCUUAAAAACUGUCCAACAAGGAGAAGUUCGCAAGAUACCUGCAGCAGAAAAUAAUCCUUUCCUUAUCGGAAUGCACUAUUGGUAUUCCAGCCACAGUCCCCGGACACAGCACUGCAAUGUUUGUCGAGAGACUAUUCCUGCCUUAUCUAGAGAUGCCAUCAUCUGUGAAGUGUGCAAAGUUAAAUCUCACAGAUUAUGUGCUUUGAGAGCUAACAAAGAUUGCAAGUGGAAUACCUUGUCUAUUACUGAUGACCUCCUGCUGCCUGCAGAUGAAAUACAAACAAUGCCCCAUCAGUGGGUAGAAGGAAAUAUGCCUAUCAGCUCUCAAUGUGCAGUAUGUCAUGAGAGCUGUGGCAGUUAUGAAAGACUUCAAGAUUUCCGCUGUCUCUGGUGCAAUGCUACGGUGCACAGUGACUGUCGGAGACGGUUUUCCAAGGAAUGUUGCUUCGGGACUCAUCGCUCAUCCAUAGUCCCUCCCACAGCUCUGAGCGAUCCCAAAGGCGAUGGCCAGUUAGUAGUAUCUUCAGACUUCUGGAAUCUCGAUUGGUCAUCUGCUUGUUCAUGCCCUUUACUCAUCUUCAUUAAUUCCAAAAGUGGCGAUCAUCAAGGGAUUGUCUUCCUCCGAAAAUUCAAGCAAUACCUUAAUCCGUCUCAAGUGUUUGAUUUAUCAAAGGGCGGGCCUGAAGCAGGGCUGUGUAUGUUCAAGAACUUUGCUCGUUUUCGUGUUCUGGUCUGCGGUGGAGAUGGCAGUGUGAGCUGGGUGUUAUCUCUGGUUGAUGCCUUUGGAUUACAUGAAAGGUGUCAGCUGGCAGUCAUACCGCUUGGAACUGGCAAUGAUCUGUCCCGUGUCCUGGGUUGGGGUGCAUUCUGGAGCAAAAGCAAAUCACCACUUGACAUCCUCAACAGAGUGGAACAGGCUAGCGUGAGGACUCUUGACAGAUGGAGUGUGAUGAUUCGCGAGACUCCCAGAAAAGUUCCACUGCUAAAAGGACAGGUUGAAAUGGAUGUACCAGAAUUUGAGCACAGCACAUCAUGCAUUCUAUCUUAUCUUUCCAGGUUCCUGUGCUCUUCAGCAGAAGAUUUUGUGAUUGAUAUUGUAAAGACCUGGCAGCAGAUAAAGCAGAACAACACAGCAGUAGAGUCUGUGAUUUUGAAAAGUGACUUAAUGUAUGAUAAGCUCAGUGUCCUGAUUGAUAUCCUGGCUGAGGAGGCAGCAGCUACCUCAGCUGAGAAAAGUGAAGAUGAUGGCAUAGCAAGUGGAACACCCUUCUUCGUCUCUCAAACGGACCAAAUAACCAAAUGCAAGUUGGAUCUGGCCACAAGAGCCAAGAAUCUCCAGAAAUCCUUGAAACUCAUCAUAUUCCAAGUUGAACAAGUUCUGGACAAGGAAACCAGACAAACAAUAUCAGUCAAGAACUUUACAUCAACUUUACUCCUGGGAGAUGAAGACUCAGAAGAUUUUAACCAGAUGAGCCCAAGACACCGUUCUCUUCAUGGUACACUGUCUUCUAUCCCUUCUCUCAAGAGUGAGGACCUAGACAACCUUAACUUGGAACAUCUACAUUUUAAUCCUGAAACAAUACGCUUCAAAGAAAAGUGUGUCAUGAACAACUAUUUUGGAAUUGGACUGGAUGCGAAAAUUUCUCUGGAGUUCAACACCAGAAGAGAAGAACGCCCAGGACAAUACAAUAGUCGCUUUAAGAACAAGAUAUGGUAUGGUCUUCUGGGAGGCAAGGAACUACUGCAGCGGUCUUACAGGAAACUGGAAGAACGAUUGCACCUGGAGUGUGAUGGAGAAGUUAUCUCCUUGCCAAAUCUGCAAGGAAUUGUAGUGCUUAAUAUUACCAGUUAUGCUGGAGGUGUCAACUUCUGGGGAAGCAAUACAGCAACCACGGAAUAUGAGGCUCCAGCAAUAGAUGAUGGGAAGCUGGAGGUCGUGGCAAUCUUUGGUUCUGUGCAGAUGGCCAUGUCCCGCAUCAUCAAUUUGCAUCACCAUCGAAUUGCCCAGUGCCGUGAGGUGAUGAUAACCAUCGAUGGUGAAGAAGGUAUUCCAGUACAGGUGGAUGGGGAAGCCUGGGUCCAGAGGCCAGGCCUAAUAAAGAUUAGAUACAAAAAUGCUGCCCAGAUGUUGAUGAGAGAUCGGGACUUUGAGAAUUCAAUGAAAAUAUGGGAAAACAAACAUACUGAAAUUCAAGCUAUACCUCAACCCCAGCUGGACUCCCAAGAAUCUCAAGACAGCCUCUCUGAUGAGGAAUAUGCCCAGAUGAAGCAUUUAGCUCAGCUUGCAGAAAACCUCAUUAGCAGCCUCAAUGACCUGAGCAAGGUCCACCAGCAUGUGUCUGUCCUCAUGGAUUCUGUAAAUGCCAGCACUAACAUCCUGAAUGAUCUAUUUUAUCCACAAGACACUGACAGUGAGGCAGCUGCAGUUUACUGUACUCCCAUUGAGACUCUAAGCAGAAAUGACGCAGUAGAUGUUACAUUUAGUCUUAAAGGGCUCUACGAUGACACCAAAGCUUUCCUGGAAGAAAACUUGUUGAGAAAUGCUGAAGAUAACACCACACUACAAAAUGCUCUAGAUGCCAUGAAUAGAGAGUUUGAAAAGCUAUCAGAGAUCGCUUGGAUGAAUCCUAUCCUUGUUCCAGAGGAAAAGUCUUCUGAUACUGAUAGUAGAAGCCUCAGGAUAAAAGCUAAAUUUCUCAAAUUUGGGAAAAAAAAGCUAGAAGAGGAAGACAAGCCUAAAGCAGCCCCAAGAUUCCAUGGUUUUCUUGGGAAUCUGUGGCAUCGCAGAUAUCGCAAAGAUGAAACAAAGGGUGAUGAUCUUCCAACAUCAUCAAGUUCUCAACUGUAG